AACCAUCGUGGCAAACGUUGUGCAAAGGCCAGCCUCGGUUGUACGGUCACUAAAUUUCACGCUUUCCACUUCGCCGGGCGAGCCUUGACCGUCUGAAAAACCUUUGACACCGAUCGCGGAAAAACUUGAGAUGUUUAUUCAACAUCUCCUAAGAAACAUUUGAUUGAUCAAGUUCUGAAAUAAAUUCGCGGACAUCGACCUGUUUCCAGCAUACGUGUCUACAAACCCCCUGAUACGUGCCAGCUCUGUUUGGUUGACAUUGCGUGAGAAAAUUGUAAAAAUGAAAAACAAUAUCGUAUGAAGAUUUUAUCGUCUCUUAAACGAAGUGCUAACGAUAAGUGAUCAAAAGUUGUGUCCACGGUAGAACUUGGGUCGAGUGUUGUGUAUCAUAUGCGUUACAAGAAAGUGGGUGUUGUAUCACAGUGAAUAAUUUUCAGAAUCGAACCCUUUCUUUAUGAAGAAUUUAAUUCUGAGUAUAACGACAUACGAAUUCUAUAAACAUUUUUUGACAAAUUGAAUACAGGAUUAUGUUUAUUUUCUCUGUGAAAUUAUAGGGUGUCUCUUUAACGAGGAAAUUCUUGUACAAAACUGUAUGGCUUCGAAUUUGAUUUGACGAAGAUAAAUUUGAAAAAUCAUUGCAUAAUGUCCGAAUAAAUUAUACACGUGAUUAUAAUUCAGCCUCACAGAGCUAUCGGUGAUUGUGGUUUAAUAUUCUGUAUGAUCGUGCGGCACACCGUAAUCUGAUGAGUUCCCCGAUCUCACCGGCAGUUCAAAGUCAACCGCAAAGUCAGGGUCGAGAUUCUAGACGACAAGUGAAUUUGAGGGCCGAAUACUUAUUCGCCUGGCAAUUAUUCGUGGCGACGUGUGCUUGGUGUCACAGGUGGGGAUUGGCAAUAUCUCCAGUCAUGUGAGUGCAUAAAUGGCAGUUCCAUCGGCACCAGGAAACCCCGUACCAAUAAACGGACUAUGGGCAUCUGCCUGGACACUGAGCAACAAAAUGGAUCGCAGGUUUUCGAAGACGGUAAUAGGCGGCGAACAGGAAGAUGGCAAGGUGAGGCAGGACUUCUAUCAACACCUCCAGACGGGAAUUUUCCCAUGCAAAAUGUUGGGCAGGUCAAAUUUGAAUCACCAAAAGUCCCUGUCAUUUUCGUUCUCGGGGGUCCGGGAAGUGGCAAGGUGACCCACUGCGACAAUCUGAUGCACGAGAAAAAGGGGAUUACUCAUAUCAACAUGACGGAUCUUUUGCAGCAGUACGCGAUGGGGAAUGACAUGCUCGACUUUGGACUCCUCAGCAGCAAAACGGUGACUGAAGUUCUGAUGCUCGAAAUGAAAAUGGCACCAAACGCGAAAACAUUCCUGGUCAGCGGAUAUCCGAGGAACAUGAGAGACGUGGUCGAGUAUUCCGAGAAGAUACAAAUCGUUAACGGGGUAGUUCUCGUUUCGUGGAGACAGGAGAUUUUGGAGAGGCAAAUCGAUUACGGUGCUCAAUUGGGACACGUUAUUCUCGGUCUGGCCAGAAUGGAACUCCACAAUUUUUACCGAAACGUUAUGCCGGUUGCUGAGUAUUUCGAUCAGAGCGGGAUGCUGAUUGCGGUGAACGGCGAAAGAAAUCCCAGUGAGGUGUACGUUGAUUUUCGGGAGGCAAUCCUGAAAAUCCUGGGUAUGUCUGACGGAAUUAAGGGUACCGGAAAUCCUCCAGGAUCCGUUGAAGCCGAGGUAAAGGUCGAGAGAGGAAUAACUCCGACAUCCCCCCUCGCGAAACAGACAGUAGUUACCGAUCUUACUCCAUCGCCACCGAAGACACUGAUGCCACCUGAACUUCAACCCUCGAAAACAGCAAACAAGCCCAGGAAGGGCCUACCAUUCUUCAUCUGGGUCAUAGGUGGUCCUGGGAGCAACAAAGCGACCCUCAGCUCGCAGGCGAUACAGGACGAGGUCGGAUGGGUCCACAUCAGCAUCGGAGGCCUUUUGCGAGGAUUGGCGAGCUCGAAUCCGAUAGUUCGGGAGGCCAUCCUUGCCGGGGAGAUGGUGCCGAGAGAUAUAGUCAUGCAAUUGGUCGAGAAACAGGUUCUGCUCCAUAGGGACACGGACGGAAUUGUUAUAGACGGAUUUCCGAGGGAUUCUGACCAAGUAGAAGAAUUCGAGAACAAGUUUGGUCAAGAACCGUCGUUGUUACUUCUCGAUUGCUCUAAGCUCCAAUUGGGCAGAGGUAGACUGGACGACAGCGUCUCGGCAUUUAGAAGGAGACUGGAAAUAUUCAGAGAACUCUCAUUGCCCAUGUUGAAGAAACUGGACAGUGAAAAUCGACUGACAAUCGUGGACGGAGACACCGACACCAAGAACGUUCAAGACGAAUUUACCGCUGCGCUUAAGAACCUCGUGUCCAAUUCAUCGCGGCAAAAGAACAACGAGGAUUCAAAUUCGGUUACAACAGGCGAUAUUUCCGAGAGAAUAGUUAAUUUCAUACCAAACGGUUUUGCCAAGUCGGUAAAUCAGAUGACGAAUAAUGUCCAGACAUUGGGGAAAACCCAAUUAUCAAACGGGACAAAGAAUGCGAUUGACAAAGGAAUGAACGGGGUCAGCAAGGUCAGAGAUAAGACGAUGAACGGAAUGGUGAAUGGGAUAAACUCGAUAUCGAAACAGGUACAGAAUCUCGUUGAGCAGGGUAUUAAGGUGGGUGAAAACGGCGUUGGGAAAAUGGCAAACGGCAUUGCGAACAACGCGAAACAUUUGGCCGUUAACGGGGGCACCUCGAUACAUAAUGGCGUUGCCAAUGGAUUUGGAAAUCUCGUUAACGGCCACUUACCAACGAACAAAGUUGCUCCAGUAAGGAAUAUGUUGUCUCAGAAUAAUUUACCAAACCCAGUUAGAAAUAUGUACAAUGAAGUCGACGCUUACCAGCAGGAUCUUCAUAUUUGAUAUAAGCCAUCUGUGCCGAUAUAAUUAUUGUAUUUGAUUAAAAUUCUCGAACAAUAAUCAAAUAAUGAGACCAAAUAAAAAUCUUUAUGACAAUAGGAAAAAUGCAAAAAUUUUAAAACAAACGCAGAAAGAUUGAGAAUUUCAGGAAGAGUCAUUGUUUUUCCGAAAAGCUCUGAAGUCGAUUUUUCCCUUCGGAUUAAUUCUUCGAACGAUUUUGUUUUGGAAAAUUCUUCACAUACAGCAUUUUUCGGAGUUGAUACGAACAUCUCGAAGAAAUUUUUUAAGUACCUUUGAACAAUAAACUUCAAGGGGCUUCAUCAACGCGUAAAUGGGUUCAUUCAUAUGCUACCGGCAUUUGAUGAAUUAACGAAUCCGUCCGAUACAUGGUCAAUAGGAAAAAAGAGUCUGAGGCAAACAAGGGACUAAAGGUAUAUAAUUACGGUAUAUAUAUACUGUAGAUAUAAUAAUCAUAGGCAGCUUAGUUACCGUGUACCGUUAUGUAAUAUAGAAACUGUGUAUAUCUGUAACUGAAAACUGCUCACGAUCAGAAACCUAGUUAGGUAUAGGAAUUCUGCAUACGAUAGCUACUAUAAUUAUCUAAGAUUUUUCUUAUUUCAAAUUUAUGUGUACAUCACAUUUGAGAACCACUGAUUUUUUUUUUUUUUUUUUAAAUUGUACGUAACUAUACUAACUUUAUUAUACCUAUAUUUUGUGUAAUAAUGAAAUACGAAACAUAGCUUAGAUGAUUAAUGAAUAUUUAAAAGUUGUUCUAUUUUCAAAUGUGUAACUGUGAACUUUUACAAAACAUUUUACGAUGUACCUAGAAUAUAAUGGUAUAUAAUACGCAAACGAUUAGUCCGCAGGCGGACUUUAUGCAUGCGUUACAAUUAACACACGUUAUCACACGAAGCGUUAGCCCAUAUAUCUAAGAACAUGGGAUAGAGUUAUAUAGUACGUAAGGAUCUGCAUACUUACCGUUCCAGACUAGAUGACAUAAG